AUGCCUGCUCUCCGUGGUAAGGGUCCAACGUUGGUUGGAGUACUUUGGUUUGAAACUACUUUGUGUAUGCUUGUGCUUGCACUGCGAGUCUACACACGGACUGUGAUCCGCCGCAAUACUGGUUGGGAUGAUCUACUGCUUCUCGCUUCUUGGAUUUUGAUGGUUGCCUUUACAGCCCUCUGUACAGCAGCGGCGCAUUAUGGCAUGGGUGUGCAUUCAGGCGAACUUUCUGUCGAUCAGACUACCCACGGAAUGUUACUGCUCUUGGCUGGGCAAAGUAUUAUAGCAAUUAGCAUGGGUUUGAGCAAGUGCGCUGUCGCUGCGUUCCUCAUGCGGAUUGUCGUCAAAAAAUGGCACAAACUCUUCCUCUGGUUUUGGAUCGUCAGUAUCAUGGUUCUUAGCAUUAUCCUGGCUGUUACUGUGUUCGCACAAUGUACACCAGUGGAGUCGAUCUGGGACCCGCGAAUUCCGAGUAAAGGCUGUUCUUUGAAUCUCGCGGUCAUGGCCACAAUCAUGUGCGCAUGGUCCGCCGUCCUUGACUUUGUUCUCGCUCUCUUCCCAUGGUUGGCCUUGUGGAAUUUGAACAUGAAGAAAAAGGAGAAAUACACGAUUUGUUUCUCGUUGAGUCUGGGUAUUUUCGCCGGAAUUUGCGGUAUAAUCCGAACAACAGGUCUCAACGCUCUAACACAAUCAUCCGACUAUCUCUAUGCGACAACCGACUCGGUGAUAUGGACCAUGUCUGAACUUUCCACCACCAUCCUUUGUGUCAGCAUUCCAGCCCUUCGCCCUCUCUGGCGCUCCAUUUGCGGCGACAUCUCAUCCAACGACGCCUCAAACUACACCGACCUUCCUCCCUACGGAAAAAGCAGCGCCGGACGCAGCGUAAAACAACCGACCUUUGCUAUGGAUACAGUGACAACGACUACCGUGCAUGGCAAAGAUCUUGACGAUGAGUCUGGGAGCAGUGGGAGGAAUGAAGAGCACGGAGAAGACACAGACACGAGACAUAUUCUGCCUCAUCCACGUCCUCAUUCGACUGGUAUCUAUCAAGUCAACGAGGUGACGAUAUCUUAUGAGGAUCGAAGGCCUGGGGAUGGUGAUAGUAUCCCUUCUGAUCCAGUCAAGACCAGGCAGCAUCUUUGA